UAGCUGGGUGCGCGCUCACUUUGGCGCUACAAAGUUUCUCUUCGAAAGUUUCCCAGCUUCUGAGAAAGAAGGCAGGCGGCUGCACACAGCUGCACACAGCACAGCUUCUGCCACUUUGGUAGUCAAGCAACCAGGCUCUGUAUUAGUGGACUUCAUUGUUUUUAAAAGAACGCCGGAAGCCGCAAGGUUGUUGUGAAGAAAGAAGGGAAGAUCGCAGCGAACAGCCCCCAAGCAUCAAGAUGAAGCGGGAGGCGACUGGUUCACCGGAUGACGGCCAGAAGAAAGAGAAGCGCAAGUACAUUCGAAAACCAAAACCUCCGGCCGCAACGGCUCCCGCGCCUAGUUCCGAGGUCCCUGCCUCGUCAUUGAUGGAAGUGGUCUGGGGAGGUGCUGACGCCGCGUCAGCUCAGCCAGGCGCUGCGGCUGGAGAGAAGGCGAGCGGUGUCAAGAGUGCCAAAGGGAAAGGGGGAGGGAAGGGGGCUGCUGACGGGAAGAAGUCGAAGCAAGGGGGGGAGAGUGAGGGGGAUGGAACCAGGGACGGUGGGGCAAGUCGGCCAAUGGAAAAGAGCAGCGCAGGGCCAUCGAGGCUGGGCAGUAAAGCCCCAAACCUCCGAACGGACGACGACCCAGAGGACGAUGAAGAGGAGGCGGACUUUGGGUUUGGCCGGGACACGUACCAGAAGGAAGACCCGGAGCGAAUGCAGCAAAUCUUCGCGUCUAUGACUGAAGAGCAGAUGCGGCGGUAUGAGUGCUUUCGACGAUCAGGGCUGUCGCGGCCGAACCUAAAACGGUUGAUGCAGAGCGUGUCUGGGAGCAACGUCUCGAUCCCAAUGAGUAUCGUCAUGGGGGGUCUCUCGAAAAUGUUUGUCGGCGACUUAGUCGAAACUGCUAGGGAGGUCAUGACCGAAUGGAACGAGACCGGGCCGAUCCGACCCACGCACAUACGCGAGGCUCUUCGACGACUGAAAUCAGGUGGAAAGGUACCCGUGAGAUCAAGGCCUCUGCUGUUCAUGUAGGACCGGCCGCAGUCGUUAAUAACAGUGGUCCUAUGUUUUCCUAUAUCAGAAUUGAGGGGUUUUCGGUCUCGCUAAUGGCAUUCUCAAUGGGCUGUCGAAUGAUAUGGUACGAUAUCUUCCUAAGACAUGUCAAGCAGCUUAUUGCUGGCUGACUCGAAUCUAAGUUCGGCUAGGCUCUGCGUGGUCUGCGCUUGAUUUUUGUUACCGGUGGGCUCCCAUCUAGAGAUACAUAAGGCGUAGGGCGUCUACCGAUUCAAUGAAUCUUACCUCGAGACGUGUGAGAAGCAUGCAAUAAAGUGCUCUAUCGAAUGCAGGGUAUUACAAGUAGUCACCCACAGACUGCACAUUGGUCAAUUGUCUGACUCUGCUGUUUAAUCAGAAUCCACGACAACAGCCUGACGGUUUGGUUUGGCCAGCCUACCGGGUCAUGAACAAGCCUUCCACAAAUGUUGUUCAAUGGCC